ACCAUUUACCAACCAAUAAAGAAUACAAACGAGCACCGAUAAACCAAUUCCCACACUCUACCCUCCAAUUCUUGUGAUGUGAUGACAAAUUGAGCACUCACGGCAUCUCUUCUUCAGAUACCCCCAAACCGCCUUCAUCCAUUCUUCUCUUCUUCUCUUAUUAUACUCUGUCUUCAUUCCUAAAUUAUUCAAUAAACAAUCUUUUCACUCAAUUCAGUUACCUCAGUUUCGGCUUUUUUACAUAUCUGUAUAAGGUUGUAUCAACUACAUGGCUUCUUCUUCUGCUUCACUCUGUUUUCCGCCAAAUGGAAAACGGACUGGUUUUCGAUGUGGGUCUGCCGGAUUAUGUAACAGGCGUGUGUCGUCCACUCAGUUCAGGACUCGGAGGUUCAUAAUUCGCUCUGAUUUGGACUCUAAUGUUUCUGACAUGAGCAAUAAUGCUCCAAAAGGUUUGUUUCCUCCGGAACCUGAACAUUACAGGGGCCCCAAACUAAAAGUGGCUAUUAUCGGAGCUGGGCUUGCUGGCAUGUCAACAGCAGUGGAACUUUUGGAUCAAGGCCACGAGGUGGAUAUAUAUGAAUCAAGGUCUUUCAUUGGAGGAAAAGUGGGUUCAUUUGUUGACAAACGUGGAAACCAUAUUGAGAUGGGACUCCACGUUUUCUUUGGUUGCUACAAUAAUCUUUUUCGUUUAAUGAAAAAGGUUGGUGCUGACAAAAAUUUGCUUGUGAAGGAUCAUACUCAUACUUUUGUUAAUAGAGGGGGUGAAAUAGGCGAACUUGAUUUUCGUUUUCCAUUUGGAGCACCAUUACAUGGAAUAGGUGCAUUUUUGUCUACAAAUCAGCUCAAGACUUAUGAUAAAGCAAGAAAUGCUGUGGCUCUUGCCCUUAGUCCAGUUGUUAGGGCACUUGUUGAUCCAGAUGGUGCAAUGAGGCAGAUACGGGAUCUGGAUAAUAUAAGCUUCUCCGAUUGGUUCUUAUCCAAAGGAGGGACACGCGCUAGUAUCCAGCGAAUGUGGGAUCCUGUUGCUUAUGCCCUUGGAUUCAUUGACUGUGAUAAUAUGAGUGCCCGCUGUAUGCUCACUAUAUUUUCAUUGUUUGCAACUAAAACUGAGGCUUCCCUGCUACGCAUGCUUAAAGGUUCUCCUGACAUCUAUUUAAGUGGUCCCAUCAAAAAGUAUAUUAUAGACAAGGGAGGCAGGUUCCAUCUGAGGUGGGGAUGCAGAGAAGUUCUCUAUCAUAGAUCUUCUGAUGGAGGGAUAUAUGUAACAGGACUUGCCAUGUCCAAGGCUACUCAAAAGAAAAUUGUAAAAGCUGAUGCUUAUGUAGCAGCUUGUGAUGUCCCAGGAAUUAAAAGAUUACUUCCACAGAAGUGGAGGGAAUUGGAGUUCUUUGAUUAUAUCUAUAAACUAGUUGGAGUACCUGUUGUUACAGUACAGCUUCGUUAUAAUGGCUGGGUUACAGAGUUACAGGACCUGGAACGUGCAAGGCAAUUAAGACAAGCGGCUGGCUUGGACAAUCUCCUCUACACAUCAGAUGCAGAUUUUUCUUGCUUUGCAGACCUUGCACUCACAUCUCCUGAAGAUUAUUAUCUUGAGGGUCAAGGUUCAUUGCUCCAAUGUGUGCUUACACCUGGGGACCCAUACAUGCCUUUGCCGAAUGAUGAAAUUAUAACGAGAGUUUCAAAGCAGGUUCUGGUUCUAUUUCCUUCUUCACAAGGUCUUGAAGUCACUUGGUCAUCAGUUGUCAAAAUUGGGCAAUCACUAUAUCGUGAAGCACCUGGUAAAGAUCCAUUUAGGCCUGAUCAGAAGACACCAGUGCCAAAUUUCUUCCUUGCUGGUUCCUAUACGAAACAGGAUUACAUCGACAGCAUGGAAGGAGCGACUCUGUCGGGCAGACAAGCUUCUGCAUAUAUAUGCAAUGCAGGAGAAGACUUGGUGGCUUUGAGGAAGAAUCUCGCGGCUUCUGUAUCGAGGGAAACACCUGAGCUGCUUCUACCUUUGAGUAGUUGAAGAACAUUUGUCUGAUUCGCAACAAUUUAUAUGUCAGAUUAUUGAUUUAGAAGGCAAAUGCAAUAGAAUGCAAUUUACUUGUAGAGGGCAGGGAAAACUGCUCGACUUCAUUGAGUUAACUUGCAAAAAUGUUCAGUGUAAAUCUCAAAAAUAUUACUCAAGUUCUCAAUUAUCUUCUUCUUUGGGUUGGAUAUGGAACUUCAACCUGCAAGAAACAAGUCAAAUUUUAA